UCAGAGAGAAGAUGUUUCUUUGCUCCAGAGAUGAGUUAUUGGAAGAAAUACAGAGAAUCAAGGCUGUAACGGAUGAUAAACGAAUAUUAAAGCAUAUAUUGACUGAUAUUCUCAACCUGAGGAAUGGAAUGGAAGAUAAUCUACUCCUAAUCCAACAAAUCCACCUGAUGAUACAGAAGGAAGGAAAGGAGCAGAAGGAGUUUAAUGAUAUAAUCAAUAUUGCCCAGCAACAAAUUGACUCGAUAAGCACAUUAUAUACACUGGGUGUAUCCUGGCUCAAGGGUGAAACUGACUUUUCUCUCCAUUUUAUUCAAGAUAGUUCUGCUCACGAAAGCCGGGAAAGGGUCGGAGAUGAUGCUCUAGAUAUGGAAGAUGAUUGUAAUGAUAUAAAGAUUGAAAUGGAAGAGAUUGAGAAUAUAGUUCCUGUAGAUCCUGGUGAUAUUCUUCAGUCUCGUCUUGAAGAAGAACAAGGCUUGAAGGAAGUAAAGAAAGAAAAAUUCAAUCCCACCAACGACAAGAUCUCAAUGAACUUGAAAAAUUCCAAAUUUUCAUGCACUAAGUGUGAAUAUAGGACUCACAACAAAUAUUAUCUACAAAGACAUUACAAAAGAAUGCAUAAAGGGCAAGGACCCUUCAACUGUGACCAGUGUGAAAGAACAUUUAGCCAAGAAUGUAAUCUAACACGACACAAGAAAAACAUUCACGAAGGAUUCAGAUAUCACUGUGAUCAAUGUGACUACUCAGCCUCCACGCAGAGUCUUCUAAAGUUGCACAUAGACGGAUACCACAAGGGCAUUCGUUUUCCAUGUGACAGAUGUGAGCAUGUGGCGACUAAUAAACAUUCUCUAAAUGUUCAUAAAAUAACAAAACACAAAGAAUCUGACAUUGUCGAUGGUAGCAAAACCUUCUCUUGUGAUGAAUGUGAUUUUGUAGCGAGUACCAAAUUUUAUUUGAAAAUUCACAAAGAAAGUCAUCACAAGGAGACGAAAACCUUCAAGUGUGACCAUUGUGAGUUUGUCGCACUUCAAAAAAAUGAUUUAAUGAAACACAUAGAUCAUGAGCAUAAUAUCAGUGUUAAAUAUUCAUGUGAUAGAUGUGAGUUUGUGACAUACAGUAAGGGUAGUUUGACAAUACACAAACUAAGACACGAAGGUCAGUAUUUAUGUGAUCAAUGUCCGUAUUUCGGAAGAUUAAAAACAGAUUUGAUAAAACACAAACGAAUCAAGCAUGAAGGAAUAUUGUUUCCUUGUGACUUGUGCAAGUAUUUAGGUCAAGAUCAAAUACAUUUAAGACUACAUAAGGAAGCUGUGCACAUGGGUAUAAAAUAUCCCUGUGAUUUAUGUGAGUUUGCAGCAUCAACCAAAUCUAAUUUGAAAGAGCAUAAAGCUUGUAAGCAUGAUGACACAAAAUAUCCCUGUGACCAAUGUGAACACAUUGCAAACACAAAGUAUGCAUUAAGGAAACACUUUAAGAGUAAGCAUAUGAAAGUUGUAAAUUAAUCUUCAUCAAAAAGUUAGAAUCUUUAAGAUUUUCACGUGAAAUAAUUUUGUGAUUAAAAGUUUGUUUGUAUGAAUCCAAUGAACUAUUGACAUUAAUAUCAAGAUUUAGUUAAUUUUCUGUGUAUUUUUACCAGUUGUGAGAUUUAGGUAAUUUCUUUACUGGGAAAAAAUAAUUUGUUUUCAUUCUUUUAAUUAAGAUGAAUUUAGUUUUAAAAGGUCCAGCCUAAUGUGUGUAGAAUCUUUAAGCGUCUGUUGC